AUGGAUAAGGCAUUAUUUUGCUUUGAAUUUUUUAUCGAAAAUAUUCGACAAUUUAAUUAUUCGAAUUGUGUUCAGAUCGAUUUUAAACUUGCCGAUUAUGAAUGGCAAUCAAUUAUUCAAGAUGACUGGAAAAGUGUUGGUCGAAGAUGCUAUUUAGUAAAUGAUAGCGAUUUUUUAUUAAAAAUAAAAAAUAAUAAAUUAAAAAUCCGAGCAUUAUGCGUUGAUGGAUCAUUACAUUCAUGUCAAAUUAGUUUAAAUUCAUUUUAUUUAAAUCAGUCAAUAGCUUAUUGUAAAGGUGCGAUAAAUUUAUUUCCAUCACCAGAAGCUUCGUCUACUCUCCAACUUCUCGUAAUUAUUCGUUUAUACGAUAUUGAUAAAGAUCAACCGAUAUCGAUUAGUCGAUCAGUGAUAAAAUGUGAUCAACAAAUUCAGACAACUGUGGUUUGCAAUUAUAAAAAUAUACAAACUUUUGUAUCGACCAGAAAUGCUGCCAUACAAACAAAAGGAAAAACUUUUCGCUCAGUGAGUACGCAAGUAACAGAAAAACGUUUAAAAAAACUUGACGAAGCUAUACAAUGCUCAAAUUUAAUAUUAAAUCGUAAUGAUUAUGAAAAGAUUAUUUCAAAUAUUUUCAGUCGAAUAAUUGCGAAAAACUCAUUUACAAGUGAUUUUUUAAUUAUUUAUUAUUUUUCCGAAUGUGAUUAG